UUUCUCUUCCAGGCCGAAUUUCAUUCCAGCGUUCCAAGUAGCCCGUCCGUGGACUUUUCUUUCAAGCGGUGACUCCACCCAUCAAUCAUCUGUCUCGGCUCUGGUUGGUUGCCGCUGAUUUGUCGUUAGCGCAGUCGCUGGCGUGUGCUGUCAAGGCAGAAAUGUGACGACGAUUUGAAAUGUUGCAAAACGCAGCAAAUAUUUUGCACUUUGAUGAUGUCAUCGAUGCGUUUUAUGCUAUGCCAACCUUAUUACUUUAUUAUUACUAUUACUCACGUUGCAGUUUUUAUUCUUUGUGGCUACUUUACGACGCCUUCAACGGAAUUCAUUUUGCAUAUGUUCAAAAGUCAUUCACACAUUUGAAAACAAAUCAGCUAUUUUUUAAUCUGUUUAAAACAUUUUGUUUUUAUAUACACUUUUACAAGAUAUAUUCAACGCGUAAUUAACCGAUUACACGAUUCAGAGUCAUUUUCAGCCGGUUUGCUACCCAUGAUGAACUUUUGUAUAUCGUUUAUUACUAAGUCACGACAUGACAAAUUCAUAACUAUGUUAUUACCAUAUGAAACUCGCUUCAAUCGGAAAUCAUUUUCUACCUGUGAAUUAUGUCUAAUGUGUAAUUGUGUGUGUAAUUUAUCCCGCAAUGCAUUAUUAGGAUGCAAGCUGUGGACAUGUUUAGAAGACUCUGAGGGUCCACUUGUGCUGCCCCUCCGGUGGAAGGCGACCACUCACUGGCGUCAAACUCGGGGCCCGGGGGCCAGAUCUGGCACGCCACGUGACUUCAUGUGGCCCGCGUUGGCGACUCACGUGUAUCACGUUCCGUGAUUCUGUUCAAAUCUGUGCCAAAAUUUCAAAUCGACACACCAUAAAUGGUAAUGUUGAGAUAUUGGAAGCAUCUUUGUGCCGUAGUUGAUUUCUGAUCGCGAAAAUAGUUCCUAAAAUUCAAAAUUCGGAUCCACUUGAGUGAACUGAAGAGAAUUCCUCUGCUGCGGGUAAAAGUGCGAGCAGCUCGGACAUUCUAUUGGGGACCAACUUUUCCAGAAAAGGUCACAAAAGUCUCAAAUCUGAAGCCCUCCAAGUAAGAACGAGACAAAUGGAGUCGGCGGCCUGAUUUACGCAAGCGAACGUGCGUCAUGCACUCCUCGUAGAGUGUGACCUUUGCCCUCUCUCGCUUAAUCAUUCAGCCGGCGAAGACGCCAGAAGCCAGCGAAGACGUCGCCGGCGGCCUGCGGACUCCUGCGAGAUGUCUCUGCACGCGGUUCUGGCCCGCAUCAGGGAGGCGUCCACGCGGCGUCUGUUCCGGACCUUGGCGCUGGGUCAGGUCCUGGCGGCGCUGGUGUGCGGCACGGCGCUGACGUCGCAGUAUCUGAGCUCCGUGUACCACGUGGACGCGCCGAUGCUCCAGAGCGUCCUGCACUACGCGCUGCUCGGCGCCGCCUACACGCCGGCGCUGCUCUGCAGGACAGGUUCCGACAGCGUUUUCCGGGCGGGCCGCGGGCGCUGGCUGCAGUACGCGCUGGUGGGCCUGGCGGACGUGGAGGCCAACUACGCCGUGGUGGCGGCGUACCGCUACACGACGCUGACCAGCGUGCAGCUUCUGGACUGCUUCGUGAUCCCGGUGGUGAUGUUCCUGUCCUGGUGGCUCCUGAAGACGCGGUACCGUCCCGUCCACUUCGCGGCAGUCGGCGUCUGCCUGCUGGGAGUCGGCGCCAUGGUGGGCGCCGACCUGCUGGCCGGGCGGGACCAGGGCUCCGCCUCCGACGUCCUCCUGGGCGACGGCCUGGUUCUCCUCAGCGCCGCCCUCUACGGCGUGUCCAACGUGUGGCAGGAGUACGCCGUCAAGAACCGAAGCCGCCUGGAGUUCCUCGGCAUGCUGGGACUCUUCGGGAGCGUCAUAAGCACCGCGCAAAUGUUGGUCCUGGAGCUUCGGCAGGUCUCCGCCAUCCGGUGGAGAUGGCAAGCGGCGCUGCUGUUGGGGGUCUUCGCCUGCUGCAUGCUGGCCUUGUACAGCCUGAUGCCCGUCGUGGUCAAGGAGAGCAGCGCCGCCGCCGUCAACCUGUCCAUGAUGACCGCCGACGUCUUCAGCGUCUUCUGCGGGGUCUUCAUCUUCCGCUACGACUUCUCAGUUCUGUACGUGGUGUCGCUGGCGCUCAUCUUGGUCGGCUUCGUCACCUUCAACGCCGUACCCGCGCCCGCGCCCGCCGUCGAGCCCCCCCCGUCGACCGAGGAGGCCGACGCACCCAAACAGGAAGUGGCGUCCGAGUCGCAGGAAGCGCAGCAGAGGAAGAACACUUGUGUUGUUGACUCCACUCCAUUAUGAAACCUCCAAGAUGUUUGGGGAUUUUUAUUAUUAUUUUUUAAACCUUAACAUUUGCAUGAAACACAAAUUUGAAAGUAUAACAAUCUUUUGUUAUGAGGGGGGCGGGGUUUAAUAGAGCAAUAAGUUC